CACCCCGGGAAACUGCUCGACCACCAGCGCUAGCGAGGUACACACGUGUAUGUGUAUGUGUAUACCAGAAGUUGAUAUGUCUAUACAUAGUGCUAUCUAAGUCCGUGAUAUUGUAUUACAAAUGAAAUUAUUUCCACAAAAGGGUGUAGAUCUAGUACACAAAAAUAGGCGACGACCCGGAAAUGUGUGAUUCUAGCGUUACACUGUGAUCUAACUCCCGCCGACAGAUGUCGCCCGCUGACCAGGAAGUUUUCCACAACAUUGCCAAACUUUUCCGGAGAACUUUAUAAUGUGGCCUGGGGAACGAUGUUAAGUGAAGCAAACUUGAAGUAAAGGGAAAAAACCCGACAGAAGUUGGUGAACUAUUUCACGGAAAGUCAACAUCGAAACAAGGGAUUCAGCUUUGUUCUGUGGAAUGUAAAAUCGAAACAAGGGAUCUGACUUUGUACUGUGGAAGAAAACAUCAAAACAAGGGGUUCAGCUUUGUUGGUCAAAGAUUAUAUCAAAAUAAGGGAAUCCUUUUCAAACAUCAAAACAUGUGACAUUUUGGUUUUAUGGAAUGUGUUGUGUAAAUAAUGGCUUACUUAUUCUUGAACAAUAAUCAAGUUGUGAGAUUAUUAUGCUGCGAGUGAUUGAUUCUACUGUACCACAAGGCUUCCUGUCUUUUCCCUGACAAGCGGAAGGAUAACACCACAAUCAUGAUGGGGUGUUGUUGGCUUAGGACAGGUUUGGUGGUUUUCAUUUUGUACAUUGAUUUAGUCUGCAGCGUGAAGAAAUUCAUACCUCAAACAUCAAAAAAUUCAGAGUUAAGGAAGAUAGCUGUCGACAGUACAGGUAGGAACAUAUAUGUUGGGGGUAAAAACUUCAUCUAUCACCUGAACGAGGACUUAACACAGGUAGGAGUGGUGGAAACAGGCCCACAUAGAGAUUCUAAGGAAUGUACAAAAGCGGAUGUGGAUAGUGAGGAAAGUGGAUGUAACGUUAAGCUGUAUGACGACUACACACAGCUGUUACAGGUGUAUGAACCAGGCGGCAUUCUUGUAACGUGUGGUACCCUGUAUCUUGGAAGAUGUGUUGGUAGAGAUUUACAGAAUAUUUCUAUCGUAAACGUAACAAGCACUUACUAUCUUGCUGUUAGUGCAGAUGAGACAGGUUCUACAGAGAGUGUAAUAGCACAGGUUGGUACGGAAUCACUUAUCUUUGUGGGGAAAUCGUAUGUUAAAACGACAGAAAAUCUAGAAACACUCUACCCACAAGUGAAAGAUAUCAUUUAUGGAGGACGGCUACAAGAAAACAAAUUUCUGGGACCAUAUGAAACUAUCUCAGGUGUAAAACCUACAUUUAGUAUCAAAACUGUGAACAAGCAUGCAGAUCAAAAGUAUGAUUUUGUUAUGAAAAGCAUGUUUUAUAUGUCAGACUCCAUAUAUUCUCUUGUAAGAAUAAUGGACCUUACAACACGUAGAACUGUGUCCAAACUUUCCAAAAUGUGUGCAAUGGCCAUCAGCAAACCUGGUGCCAACAGCUAUGAAGACAUGCCAAUUGAAUGCUCUGAGUUUCCAUAUGUCCAGGAUGGGUUUGUUGUUCAGCAUGGAAGUGGAGAGGUGCUAGUUGCACUUUUCUCAUCAACCUUGGAUGUCACUGAAACCACACGCUGUGCUGUGUGUGUGUUUACAGAAGAUGAACUUCUGGAGGGAUUCAGAAGGUCUCGUAUGAAUUACUCAUCCUGUGGCAUUCCAGGGAGUUAUCCAGUAGACUAUUUGAAGAUAGAAGAAAACAGAGAUUGCAAGAAUACAUGCUCAUUGGCGAUUGAAUUGUGUAAAGAAAUGAAUACUACUACCUACUGUAAUGGACUACUAUCAUUAUCCAGUCUGAUUGGAGUGAUUCCUCUAACAGCAUCACCAGUGUACAGUGGGACAGGACUGACCAGUCUGGGAGGAAGUUUCAGAAACAAUCUUACAGCCAUCUUGGUAGGGACACAGAACGGCACCCUCCACAAGUUGUUUCUAAAGUCAGAAACUGCAGCACGUUUGGUAAAAACAUCAGCCAAUUACCUGGAUCCCCCAGUUCAGCCAAUUAUAGACAUCGUGACAACAGAACUCAACAGAACCUACCUCCUCGGCAGACACAGUGUGGCUCUAUUAGAAGAUCCAGUGGACUGUAGUCAAGAUAGCUGCUCUGAGUGUAUGAAGAUAGCUGACAGCAAAUGUGGCUGGUGUGUACUGGAAGGUGGCAGUUGUAUGGAAAAAACUAGCUGCAAUCAAGAUGAUUUCUGGCUGCCCUCUCUAGGUGGGGAAUGUCUGACACUCAGUACAAUUCCUCCAGGUAUCAGACACCAGUUCAGGAGUUCAAUAACAAAUGUGACUGUCAUCCUCAGCACCCCUGUUCCACUCACCCGUAAGGACUGGCAAUGUCAAUAUGGCUCCAAUGAGUGUAAACCUGAUGGAAUACCAUGCAAGACAGAUCUAAUCAUUUCAGAGUCAAAAAUGAUAUGUUCCAUAGAAGCUAGAACAGCUUUCCGACAAGAAUAUAAACUUGCAGAUUUUAAAAUCAUUAGAAAAUCCAACCCAAGUUAUGUGUUGGCUGAAGGCUGGAGGCUUCUCUUCUAUGAUUGCGCUGUUUUUCAAACGUGCUUUGAGUGUGUGAACAAUCCAAAAGCCAUUCUGUGUUCUUGGAAAACUACAGAGGCUGAAUGUGUGGACACGAGUAAUAAACAGUACAAU